AUGGUGACCCCUGAUCACCAAGUGCAAUGUCUGCACAUCGCUGCGGUAUGGCAGUUUGCCUCGGUGAUCGUUUCACCUCAGGAUAUGCCUGAGCAGGACGAGGCCGAAAAAGGCUUGCAGAGUGCAGUCAUGCUAGUUCAAGUCAAGCAGCAAUUGCGGCCUGUUCUCGUGGAAAAUUGGACAAGUGACGUGCCCCUGAGAUGUAGAUGGAAGCGCAAGAUUGGCGACCUCCCAGUGGAAAUCCCGGGAGUCACUUCAAACAUGUACCAGAUCUCAGCUGACGAUGUUGGGACCGACAUAUCUGUAGAGGCGCAACCAGCAGACAUGGACGAUGGUCACCACGGCACGGUCAUCGGAGAGAUCGGCCCCUUUGAACUCGACCCGGCGACCAGACGCAGCCUGGACAAUGCUUUGGGUUUGGGAGGAAGCAGGUUCGCGGUCAUGCAGUCAAAGCUUCCUGGAGAAGCUCCCGGAGGUGCCCGGCAGGAUCUAGCAAUACAAGUCUCGUCAGAGGGUGUCCGGGUGACGUCCGUUGGAGCUGGCUACCAGGGCCGUGACAGCCGGGAAGUCUAUGCUGAGUACUCGUCCGAAUACCCGAAAGUCAUAAUUCACCCGUUGGACACGACCAAGUUCCGGUUGGUCAUGAGCGAAGUCAAGACCUUCCACCUCAUGGCCCUUACGCGUACUGCGCGUGACUUGAUCGCCCUGACCAUUCGCUGCUUCCAUGCCAAGAAGUACAUGUCUACCUCGAGUCUUCUGCAGACUCUACUCCCUGUCCAGGCACCUGCUACAGCAGGUGCUGUAAUUCCGAUUACAGACGCUCGCUUGGAUGCAUGCAUUGUGCUUGAGACGCUGGCCAAGGAGCUGACACGUGGAAGCACCGAAUCCCCAGACCUACCAAAAUUCCUGCACAGCUACAGCAUGUCGCGCGAGUCAUCUUGGAUGCGCCGGGAUGAUCGCACAGGAGGCAUGCAGGCUGUUUCACUCAUUGCAUGCGCUGCAAUGCCAGGAUGGCUUGCGAUGACCUCACAGGUUAGAGGCGUCAUGACGGGCCAAGAGCCCAAGGCCGUGCAACAGCUGGUCUCGGAUCUCAAGAUGAUGGCCGCUUAUGAUGCAGCUGCUGACUGGGGCGAGGCGAAGGCCAUGGAUGGCGCAUAUGCUGCAAUGUCGUGGGAUGAUGCUGCUGUUAAGGCUGCGCUGCCAGAAUAUCUGAAGUCCUCGGGUGAGGUGCGCGCCAAGGUGGACUACGCUUUCAGUGCUCUGAUCCUGCGGCCGCCACCGACCAGUGACGUCCGACAGGCUGCGAUGCAAACCUGGAUCAAAGCCCGCUUAUUCACUUACAACAAGGUCCUUCCUUUCGACUUCAGCCCACCUGCAGCGUGA